AUGUGCUCAACCAAGGUGGGACACUUUUUGAAACAAUAUCUGCCUAAUAAGCCUCACAAGUGGGGCUUCAAACUAUUUGUGCUUUGUAGCUUGCUUGGCUAUGCGUACAAAUUUAUUAUAUAUGCAGGCAAAGAAAAUGAAGAGAGGCCUCCAGAUGAACCUGACAUUGGAGUGGUGGCACAAACUGUUAUGAAGAUACUGAGAGUGGUCUCUCGCCAACGAAACCACAUUGUGUACUUCGAUAAUUAUUACACAUCCAUACCACUGCUGCAUUUUUUAAAAACGCAAGGUAUCUAUUCCUUAGGUACUAUCCAAAGAAAUCGUUUAGGAAAAACGUGUAAGUUACCGUCCAAACAAGAGGUCAUGAAAAGCUCUGUGCCGAGAGGAACGUACGCAGAAUAUACCACAAAUGUCGAAGAUGUUGAGAUUACUGCAGUCUCUUGGAAAGACAACAAACAAGUUAUCCUUACUUCUACAUACGUUGGAGCUGAACCAGUAGAAAAAAUAGAACGCUAUGAUAAAAAAGAGAAACGAAAAAUCAAAAUUAAAUGCCCAAGAUUAGUGAUGGAAUAUAAUGCUCAUAUGGGAGGAGUAGACCUAAUGGACGCCCAUCUAGGUCGGUAUAAAAUUCAGAUCAAAAGCAGGAAACGGUACAUGAGAAUAUUUAACCAUCUUUUGGAUCUAAAUAUCAUGGAUUCUCUACAAGCAAGUACGCAGUCGAAAAAACACCCCUAA